AUGGAUAUCAGCAGAGGCUACUUUGAUCCAGCCGGCCGCCAUCGUCCUACUGGUAUCUACCCAGGCACAUUCUCAAUGAAAGUUGCGGACCUAAUGGACAAGCACUUCAAGACGAUGAAACCAAAACCUGUUGUCGACGAGCUCGAGAUGGAGCUCUUUGAUGACUCGUGCGAUGAAAGCUCUGAUUCGGGCCUGGAGAACUUGGUCGGCAAUAGCUCCCAGUGA